AAAUCCCACUCUCUCUCUUUCACUUUCACAACGCCAUUUGUUUUCCCUUCCCUCUUCUCAGUUCUCACUCUCCCUCUCUCUAUAUAAUCUCUAUCUCUCUCUCUCCGCUCUGUCAUUCCUUCUCUUGCCGUAUCAGAAUUGCUUAUUCGGAGCUGCGAUUGAUCAUUCCCUGUGCACCGGACCGAUGAAGUUCUCGAAAAUUCUCGGCAACCUUCUGGAGGAGAUCUUCCCCGAUUGGCGGGACAGGUUUCUGUCCUACAAGUCUCUAAAGAAGCAGUUGAAUUUGAUCUACCCCAAGCCCGGAGCCGGAGCCGGAGCCGGAGAUGAGCCGCCGGCUAAGCGUCCCAGACUUUCCGACGAUGAGGCCACCGCCGACACCGGCGAUUCCUCCGCCGCCACUGCCGCCGCCGCCGCCGAGAGCAGCGAUGAAGCGAAGGCGUCGAAGGCGGUAGACGAUUUCGUGAGUUUGUUGCAGGACGAGAUCGAAAAGUUCAACGAGUUCUUCGUUCAGAAAGAGGAGGAUAUUGUUAUCGCGUGGAAGGAGUUGCAAGAUAGAAUAGCUAAGGCCAAGGAUUCAAAUGAAGAUUUGACUGAAGUAGGGAGGAACUUGGUGAAUUUUCAUGGAGAGAUGGUUUUGCUAGAAAUUUACAGCAUCCUUAAUUACACAGGAUUGGUGAAGAUAACUAAGAAACAUGACAAGCGAAGUGGUUCUGUUAUUCAGUUGUCUUUUAUCCAAAGCGUCGUGCAAGAACCAUUUUUCAGUACUGAAGUGCUUAAAGAGCUUGUGGAGGAGUGCGCGAGGACACUUGACAACAUGUUUUCCAAGGAAGAACUUGCAGAAAUUGAUCAUUUGGAGAGCACGUAUGCGAGACUAACUCAACUGGCUUUGCGGGUCUUGGAGGAGAUUCGAAGUGGAAGUUCUACUGUAGGGCCACAUUCAUUACCGCCUCUGGAAACUAACCCUGUUGUGGAACAAGCUGCCAAGUGAACUGCUUUCGGAGGAAUAUAUUACAGAACACUAGAUCAAAUACGGAACUCACACGCUGUUUAUUAAAUUUUCUUUUCUUUUAUCGUUUUGUAUUCUGUUGUAGGCUAAUGGUAAAUACUUGCGCAGCUAUUGUACGAUACGAUCUUGUUCAUGUGCAUCUAUUUGAUGAAAAUAUGGAUAUGUCUUUUGUUUUGAGUCGAUGUAGUUAAUGUCAGUGUUGCAAAUUAUGAGUUCUUGCUUGUGAAAUUCUCAUGAAUUUAUUAGUCAAGUCAACGGUUUUCACCCAAAGGACGGU